GGGCAGAAGAAUCUCACUGUAAAUAGGGCGAUAGCAGGAUGGAGGUUAGUUUUGAGUGGAAGGUUUCGCUUGCUGUGCCAGUGGUGUAAUUUUGUUGAGAUUCAUCUAAUAACUCGAAGAGGCACAUAUUGUUGCAUCUUUCUAGUUGCUCUCGAAUCUUAAGAUGGAGAGUCAAUAGGACACGUAUCUUCAUAAUUUGGAUUAAUUAUAUCACACAUUGUCUCUAUUUAGUGCUCCUUAAAAUUUUGUUAGCUAACUAUAUUUAUUCUAAACUCCUAAUUAAGAAGACCAUGUUAGCCAUCACAUUUCUUCAAGUAAUAUUGGAUUAGGGUAGGGUGAGAUCUUAAAUCUCUCCAAUUUAAUAUUAUCCUUAUCUGACAUUGAUGUAUUGCUUCAGAAUUAUCAUACUCAUGUUUAAUUAAUAUAUCAUUUCCUAGGAUACUAGUACAUGUAGUAUAUAGUUUACUGCUUCACAUAUACUCCAGUUUAAAUAAUUUUAAUAAUUAUAUCAGUACUAUUAAUUCUUAAUCUCUGCACUGAGAUGUACUGUUUAAAGUGUUAUUGUUUGUUAAUGAUGAUCUCUACCCACACCCACUACUUCCAUUUCCCCUUGUCAUUUCCUUUUCAAGAGAAAGCCAAUGGAUACAAAUGGACAGGAGUAGGAGGCGAUGGUAGGGCAAUUGGAUAGCAAUGGAAACUGGAAAGUGUCUUACAGCAACAAACAACAAUAUGACAAGAGUCUGCUGAUCUUACCAUUUUCAAGAGUGCUUGUCGCUUUAUUUCAAAACCUUUUCUACUACCUCCUCUUCUAUUACCUUCUUCCGCCUUCUUCCACUGCUGCUAUUUUUAUGGUAUCAGAGCCUCACAUACUUCUAUUGUUCGGGCAAGUUGGUACUACGCAACCCUGCGAGGCAAAAGAACAUAUCCUAACUUGGCACAUAGGGCAGGAGGCCUGAGUAAGUCCAAGGGCACAUCUGUAUGAGGUUCGCCGGGUAGGAAUUGCCCUCGCCUGAGCUCCAGGAGCCCCUGUAAGUACUUACCAGCUUUUAUGAGCACUUUUAUAACAACAAGGAAUACAAGUUCAUACCGAGAAGCACUCUCUUCCACUGAUACUAUAGAAAACCCCUCUGUUGGCUUUGCAAAACCUUGCGAUUACCAAGGUGUUACACCUGGUAUUGCUACUAUCAUUAAGCAAAAUAACACACAAAUCCAAUUACUAGUUCAAAUAGUUGAAUCCUUGAAAGAUAUCCAAGCUGAACUGAGAAAACAGAAUACUCCUCCAUUUCCACAAGACCUUAUUUCCAAACUAUAAAACCUAUCUCCUGGUUCUUCUAAACCCAAGGAAAAGGCAGGGAAACUUAGAGUCUUUAAAGACCCAUACAAAAUCCUGAAGGAAGAACAAGAAAAGCUGAAGGGAGUAUGGCCACAAGAAUAGAACAAGUAGCUACAACUCCUUUAUUUGAAGAUCAAAUUCGAAGCUACAGAAGGAGUCAACGACGAUUAUAUAAUGCCCAGCAAGCAGUAAGAAGAUUGGGGCGACAAUUAACUGGAAGAACAACUUCUAGAUAUACCCUUGAGCAACUAAUCGAGCCUGAAGCGCAGCUCUAGCUAUCAAUGCAAGAACGAGCUUCAAUAGUACUUGCUGAGGUACUUUAUCAUUCCCGACGAGAUGAUGCACAUCAUAGAGUAUAUAUUCACAUAUCUGAAGAAGCAGUACUAGUGACAGAUAAUCAUCAAAUUGAUAGAAGUUUUAUUCAAGAAGAAAGCUUUACCCAACUAAGAAGAAGUCAGAUGCAAUACAUCCACCUGGGAGUUUUCCAGGUACGUAUCCAAAUACUACACAGGCAACAAGAAGGAACCAUGGCGCUUAUCGUUUUUAGAGAUAACCGAUGGCAAGGAGAUCAGACAAUUUUGGCAACAAUGGAAGUUGUUCUAACUCAUGGAAGCAAGAUGAUCUAUGUCAUCUCAGAAAUUAUGAUGACUAUUGGAGAUUUUUACCGAAAUAUUCAACUCUCCAUUUUAACCAGAGGAUAUGAAGCAUGGCAUAACAGUGAAGCUAACCUCUUAAUCACAAGAGGACUGGUAGGUAGACUUUCCAACACCCCUAAUGUCGGUUUUGCUUAUGAAAUACAGGGCGUAGUGGAUUAUUUAACAUCCUAUGGGGUAAAUGCCCUACCUGGACGAAGUCUUUCAACAAGACACCUACAAGGCCUCAAUUGGGUAAUCAAUCCUACCCAAAUUAUUAAUCCAAUGCAGCCAUCCGAAGUCAGCAGUCAAACAUUGAUGGAUGGGCGAAUUUCGUUAAGCUUCAAAAACUAUGCUGUGGCUCAAUUAGUUGAGCAACCAAGUUAUAAUGAAAAGGAUGAAGAAGUCCAGGAAGUAUUAGCAGUUUUAAUACAAAUCAAGCCAGGGAUAUUUACUAAUUUUGACGGAACCAAGGAAGAAUAUUAUGAAGAGUAUGACGAUUUUGAAGAAAAUAGCAAAGGAAAGCGAAUAAUUGAGAAUGAAACACGGUACCCCUCUCAAACUGAUCCACAUAUUCUUGUUAACAAAAUUUCACAACAUGCAGUAUUGCCACAACAACAAACACUGGCAUCUGCUGGACUUGACAUAUCAGCAAGCCAUACGACUAUCAUAGAGCCAUAUGGGCGAGAGCUUAUUCAUACUGAACUCCGGAUUGAGAUACCUGAUGGAUAUUAUGACUGACUUGCCUCGCGC